AUGGCACUUCUGCUACCAACUUGCGUUUGGGCGAUUCUCAGCGGCCUAGCUUCUCACUUGAAAUACAAUCGACGAGAACCGACUCUUUUCCGGUAUCUUGCAGAAUUGGCGACAUUGUCGAUGCUAGCAUUUGUGGCCCUGUUCCAUCAGUCCAGAGUGUUAAUCACAAGUAUAGCGCUCAGCUUUGUCUUCAUUACAUUGCAUCUCUUUGCCUUGGGUUCAAGCAUUACAGUGUACCGACUGUUCCUCCACCCACUCAAGGAUUAUCCAGGGCCUGUGCUGGCCAAGAUUACCAAGUGGUAUGGGUUUUACCUCACCAGUUUUGGAAAAACGUACAUCGAUUACACCAAACUUCACGAGAAGUACGGCGAUGUCGUUCGCAUCGGCCCAAACGAGCUCUCUUUCGUGGACCCAGAGUCCGUGAAAUACGUUCAUGGAUCGGCGGCAAAUAAACUGGCCAAAGGCCCGAACUAUGAUACUCGCUUGUGGGCAGAUGGCAUCAGCCUGGGAGACGAGAGAGACAUUGUGGCUCACAGAACGCGCCGCAAAUUCUGGGACAAAGGUCUGGCUAUCAAGGCUAUAACGUCUUACGAACCCAGGCUUGUUAGAAUCAUCAACGUGCUGAAGAGCAAAUUUGACACCUAUGCCGAAAAGGAAAUCGACGUUGGAGCGUUUAUCGACUUCUUCGGAUUCGAUGCCAUGGCAGAUCUUGCCUUCAACGAGACUUUUUCGUUCCUCGAGAACGAGAGCUCGGGGGAGCUGGCGGGCCUCGUCCGCAAAGGCCUCAAAAUGACAGAGCUCAUUCGAAACGUACAGUGGCUGACGCCAAUAUUCAAGUACCUGCCCAUGGAUCCCGAGGAUAAAGCGCAGACUGAGCGAUUUGCGAAAACUUCCGCAGAACAGUUUGAGAAGAGGUUAGCCAUGGGGACCGAACCGACGGAUCUCUUCACCUAUCUACUUGCACAUGAUGAGAGCGGAAGGACGCUCGCAAAACGCGACCUCGAAUCGGAUUCACCUGUAAUUAUCGUUGCGGGAAGUGAUACAACUGCUGUCUGCCUAAGUUUUGUCUUCUACUUCAUCUCCAGAGACGCCACCAUCCAGAAAAGGCUUAUCGAAGAAGUCGACCAGGCUUGGGCACAGCAUGGGGCGAGACUCGAUGGCCGUAAACUAGGGCCUGAACAGAUGCCAUAUUUGAACGCUGUUAUCAAUGAAUCUCUUCGUAUGGUUCCGCCUGCCCCGAAUGGCAACCAGCGCACCACUCCCAAGGGCGGUUGUGUGGUUGACGGAAGAUACCUGCCCGAGAACACGCAGGUUUCCUGCCAACCGACGUUCAUGGCUCACGACGCGCGUAGUUUUACUAAGCCAGAACUUUUCGUGCCCGAGCGCUGGAUCGACGAGAAACGAGAUCCCGAAUGGAACCACGACACGAGGUCCUUCAUUCCGUUUAGCGCCGGCCAGUUUAUCUGCCCCGGCAAGGCCCUGGCGUACCUGGAGAUGCGGCUGCUCCUCGUGCACGUGUUCAAAGACUUUUCGUUCGAGAUGUCCCCGGGGUUUGACCACGCGGGCUUCUGGCUCGGGCUGCAGAGCUAUAUGGGGUAUAUGAAGAGACCGAUCACUCUCACGGUCCAUCGGAGACAGCAUGAGGGAUUGCCAAAUUGA